UCGUCCUAAAGAACAGAAUCUUCUAGGUUUUAGCUCUUUUUCCGGAUGGCCUGUUCUAUUCUCGGAGAGCUUUAAUUACUAGAAGAAUCUUUUUGCCCUGAGCCAGAAUCUGUCUCCCCUAACUUCACAAAGUUGGCCCCACUUUUGAGCUCUGGAGAUCUGCACAUCUGCCCAGUUCCUUCCAGGCCUUCUUCAGCCAGACAGGCCAGCGCCAGUGCAGGGCCGCAGCACCUUCGCUCGUCCUCCCCGUCUGCCGCGCAGCACGCAGUUCCAAGCUCGCUCUUCCCCGGGCCUCGGAAGCCGCCACUUUCGUCGGGCGCUGAUCAACGCGGCUGGCCAGUCCUCAGGUGGUGCGGGUCUCUCCUGACAACCGGGGAGAUGCCGGGGUUACUGGUGAGUGCAUUUCAUCAGGGGGCAAAUGUGCUCCAGUCCCAGAAGCACAGGGUGCAGCCCCAGCUCGUUCCUGAGAACCUGGGCGACGACCUCGUGGCCCCGGCUCGUCGGUGCGCGCCCGCGGACGCAGAGGAGGAAACGCCCGAGGAAAUUCACUCAAGCCAAGUCCGAUGCUAAGACGGCCGGCACCCAGGGCUGUCCGCGCCGAGACCCCGCGCCGGCCCCUCCUCGGCCGCGCAGCCCCCGCGGAAGGGAGGCGGGCGGAUGACGAGGGUGUGGGGGCGUGAGUCUGAGGGCGGCGGGCUCCGGCGUCUCAGGCGCGGGCUCCGGCUCGGCAGGCUCCGUCGCUGACCCGCCGGGCGCUGCAAGCGGAGCGUCGAGGUCGCCGCCGCGGGGGCAUGGCGCGUGCGGGGGUCUGGAUGCUGGUGGUCGGCGUCCUGCUGGCGUUGGGGCCUGGCCGGGCCGCAGGUGCCCUGAGGGCGAACAGACGCCCCGCGCGGCCGCGGGGCUGCGCCGACCGGCCCGAGGAGCUCCUGGAGCAGCUGUACGGGCGGCUGGCGGCGGGCGUGCUCGGCGCCUUCCACCACACGCUGCAGCUGGGGCCGCGCGAGCAAGCGCGUAACGCGAGCUGCCCGGCAGGGGGCAGGCCGGGCGACCGGCGCUUCCGGCCGCCCACCAACCUGCGCAGCGUGUCGCCGUGGGCCUACAGAAUUUCCUAUGACCCCGCCAGGUACCCGAAGUACCUGCCCGAGGCCUACUGCCUGUGCAGGGGCUGCCUGACCGGGCUGUUCGGCGAGGAGGACCUGCGUUUCCGGAGCGCCCCGGUGUACGUGCCCACUGUCAUCCUGCGGCGGACCUCGGCGUGCGCGGGUGGCCGCUCGGUGUACACCGAGGAGUACGUCACCGUGCCGGUGGGCUGCACGUGCGUCCCCGAGCAGGAGAAGGAAGCGGACAGCAUCAACUCCAGCAUGGACAAGCAGGGCGCCAAGCUCCUGCUCAGCCCCAGCGACAAGCCGGGCCGGCCCUGAGGCCGCUGCUGCCCCUCUCCUGGAGCGCGAGCUGCUUCAGCCGCCUCCCCCAAGCGGACUCGAGGACCGAGAGGAGUAAAUGAAACACAGCUGAACUGCAGAGGUCUUCCGACCUGACUGCUUGACGGCUUGCUCUCACACAUCAUCACCUGGUUUUCUUCUAGGCAAAGGCACGGGGUUGGUGAAGGCUGCCGGCAAGUUACCGGGUACAUGACCGCAGGUAGGGAGCGUAGCGCCAGUGCCUUCCGCAGGUAGCCAGAGCUUGGUGU